AUGCAGGAUGGAAAGAACGAAAGCGGGGAGACCGUAAGGCCGCAGCGGAGAAAAGGCAGCAGGAAGGGCAUGUGCUCACUGGAGGGACGUCUCCUGUGCCCCCAGCUCCUGGUGGGGCUGGGCUCUCAGCUGGGCGAUGCCUGGCACACAGAAAUGACUCAGACCUGGGCCCUGCCCUUGCGGAGAUGCCAGUCUGGUGGAGGAGACAGCUGUGUAAACAGAGGAUCACAGACCAGUGCAAGCAAGGAUGCACGAACCCAGCGGGAGAGUCAGGGAGGGCUCCCUGGAGGAGGUGAUAUCCUGGAGGAGCCGAGCCCUUGA